UCGUGUCACUUCCUGCUGCUCACCUGGGUGCUGCUCACCGCCAGAGUCCAGAGCCACAGCUGGAGACCCUGUACAGACCUGCUGCCUCUUGACCUGUUGUCCAAAGCCCUGCCCCCCCCAGGACAUGCCACGCCCACUCAGGUGCGGAUGGUUCAGUCCAAAGGUUCCAGAGGUCUCCGAUUGGCCAGCGCCGUGGCAGCACCUCUGAAUUUCCCCGCCUCCCAGAUCUUCACCAACUGUUACUACUUUCCCUCUGAGUUCUCAUUGGUUGCCACGGUGAAGAUUCAGACACUGAGACAGAAGACAAAUGAGUACAUCUUCUCUGUGGUGAGGGAGGGAUCUGAUUCGCUGUUGCUGGGGUUACGAGUGUCUGAGAACCGCCUCCACUUCUUGACCACAUCCCCUGGCCCUGGUGGGCGGAGCCGAAUGACUUUUAAGGACGUUGGAUUGGACAAUAACCGCUGGCACACAGUGGUGCUGGCUGUCACCGGGCCGUACGCCACGCUGACUGUCGACUGUGGACUUCCUCUGGAGCUUAAACAGGUCCAGUCCUUCCCCAGCCAUCUGAGCACCAGAGGGUCCCGGUUCUUCGUCGGGAGCAGGGGGCGGUGGAGGGGACGCUUCUCCGGUUUACUGCGGCAGCUGGUGCUGCUACCCGGUUCGGACGCCACGCCCAGACUGUGUCCCUCCCCCGACCCCGCUCUGACUGAGCUGUCCAUCCCUCAGGUCCUGAAGACCACCCCCUUCCAGCCGGACCAACAGGGACCAGUUUACACUUAUGAGGCCGAAGCCAGAGUGACUGUGGGAGAUCGUCCUCCCUGCUCGAGGCCGGAGCAGGGCCAGCUGUGGUUCAAUGCUCAGGGGAAGGGUCUGUUCAUCUGUGACGGGCUGAGCUGGAGGACGCUGCUGCAGAGUAAGCAGCGUCUGGAUUACGUGGAGGACUACCAGGACCUGUACACCCGCUCAGAGACCCUGGACGUCGAGGUCUUCUCCAUCCCGUCUGAGGGCCUGUUCAUGGCUGCAGCCAACAAGGACUCUCGGUCCGGCUCAGGUAUCUACAGGUGGACCAACGCCUCCUUCCAGCUCUACCAGAACAUCAGCACUCAGGAGGCUCGAUCCUGGAAACACUUCACCAUCGACGACAAGAUUUUUCUCGUGGUGGCGGCAAACUUCAGAGAGGCGGGGUCUGAGCGGUCUGUCAUCUAUCAGUGGCAUCGGCGGCGGCGGCGUUUCGUCCGUUAUCAGACUCUGGAGACUCACACUGCCCAGGACUGGGAGGCCUUUCGCAUUCACAACCACAGCUUCCUGGUCGUGGCCAAUCACAGACGAGAAAGAGACUCCAACCACAACAUCCACAGUGUGAUCUACAGGUGGAACCCUGACACAAAGCUAUUUGAGGUGAACCAGACUCUGCUGACGUCCGGAGCCUACGACUGGGAGUUCUUUACUGUGGGGCCGUACCACUUUUUGGUGGUGGCCAACACCUUUGACGGUCGAACCACCAUCAUCAGCUCCACCAUCUACAUCUGGCUGGAUGGUUCUUUCCAGACCUUCCAGAGCAUCCAGACAGUCGGAGCGACAGACUGGGAGCCGUUUCAGAUCGACGGCAGGUUUUUCCUCGCCGUCGCCAACAGUCAGAAGAUCCCUGAUCGUGGCACGAGUGUCUACAGCAUCAACUCCACCGUGUACGAACUGAACGCGCUCACACAGACCUUCAUCCGCUUCCAGGACAUCCUCACACACAGUGCGCUGGACUGGGAGUUUUUCACCAUCGGAGAUGAAAAGUUCCUGGUGGUGGCGAACUCUCACGACGGCAGCUCGUACUCUUUGAACAGCGUUGUCUACAGGUGGCAGGGUUACGAGGGUACGACACCUGGACUCACCUGA